UUCAUGUUGUACAAGAAGCCUGUUAAAAGGCUGUCGAAAUAUUACGAUCGUUUGCACAAGGCGGCAGUCACGUUUCUGAUUGGCAGCACGGUUGCUUUCGCCGGCUUGCUGUGUAUCCAGCUAUACGGAUUCUUCACGCACACUGUGCCACAGCUACAGCAACAGAAACGGGAAUUUGAGCAGAAGCUCCUCAACGAAGAAUACCCGUUGACCGUCGAAGAUCUGGAGGGUUAG